AUGGGUGGCUGUUACUCAAAACACACAAAACCCGUUAGGACGCGAAGAAAAUUCCGUUAUCAUUCCACCAAACAUCGUCGAAGAAUUUCAAAUUUUGUUGGUGAAGAUAAAAAUAAGCCAUUAGGUGAUGGGGCAAGCUUCAUAACUGUUAGCCAAUUUCUUCAUACGAAUGUUGGGGAGGGUGAAACAAGUGAUUUUCGAAGAUCGGAGGUAUUGAAUUCAUCAUUCCUUCUCAAGCAAAUGCAGUUGCAUCGUAAUCAAAAUAACCCUAAUGGUAGCUCUAAGGAGGAAGCAUGGUUUGAUCCAGUUAGUGUAGUGGAGUCAGACUCGGACUCGGACUCGGAAGAUGAAUUUACUAGUGUUCAUGGAGAUAAUUCUGCAGUUGUAGGUAAUAAUAAUGCAAAUGGAGGCCAAAUUUCUCAUUCCACAUCAUACUCCGUAGACUAUGAAAAUAUGCUUGAAGAUUAUUGUGGAAGUUUUUUCAAGAUGGAUAAUGAAGGGAAUGCUCUCUCCCUGCAUGAGAGCCAGACGGGUGGUAAUACCAUCCAUUCUGGCCCUCAGAUGAUUGGAAUUGUGCUGUAUGUACCUACUCAGGUUUACGGAAAAGCUGAUCAAUUUAUUAGUGCUACUAAGAAGAAGCUAUUAGAUCAAUCUAAUGAAAAUUUCACUUAUAUAAAGGAGAAGUGUGACUCUUUAGAGAAGACUACUCCAGACAAAUGGGCAAUAUUGAAGGCUGGUCUACCACAAUUGCUUGCUUCAUUAAGCUUCAAUGACAUGAGCUACAUACAAAAUUCCGGACGUCCGUCUCACCAGAAAAAAUCGUCAAUAUUUAGCAUUUCCUUCAGACGAAAAUCUUCUGAAAAUAUAGAGAGUAGUGGAUUGAAGCACUAUUUAUAUCGUCCAAGAGCAGGGCGUUUAAUUCCAUUUUUAGAUAGACAAAAAUCAAUAUCAGGACGUUGGCAGGAAGUUUCACCUUCGAAAUUCAAUUUGCGUGGCAAGACAUUCUUUAAAGACAAGAAGAAGUAUCCUGCGCCAGAUAUUUGCCCUUAUGAGCCAUUUGGUGUAGAUUUGUUUAUUUGUCAAAGAAAGGUUAAUCACAUUGCUCAACACCUUGAACUUCCCUGUACCGGGAUGGAUGAGAAGGUUCCUCCAAUUCUCAUUGUAAAUAUUCAGGUCCCAACUUAUCCAACAACCAUGUUUGGCGGUGAUAGUGAUGGGGAAGGAAUGAGCCUUGUUUUGUAUUUCAAACUAUCUGAAAGCUUUGAGAAGAAUGUCUCCCCUCACUUCCAAGAUUGUGUCAAGAGAAUGGUUGAUGAUGAAAUGGAGAAAGUAAAAGGGUUUUCUAAAGAAACUUUACUUCCUUAUAGAGAAAGGCUCAAAAUCAUAGCAGGCUUGGUUAAUCCUGAAGAUCUCAAUUUGAGCUCUACUGAAAAGAAGCUUGUACAAUCUUACAAUGAAAAGCCUGUUCUUUCACGCCCCCAACAUAAUUUUUACAAGGGUAAGAAUUACUUUGAGAUAGACUUGGAUGUUCAUCGCUUCAGUUACAUAUCAAGGAAAGGGCUUGAAGCUUUUCGAGAUAGAUUGAAAAAUGGCAUAAUUGAUCUUGGUUUGACCAUUCAGGCACAAAAACCAGAGGAGCUACCAGAGCAAAUGCUUUGUUGUUUACGAUUAAACAAGAUUGACUUAGUUGAUCAUGGCCAAAUACCUGUUCUUAUGCCAGUGGAUGAUAAAAAAAGUUCAUCAAGACAUCGAAGCUCUCUAUCAACAAUAUCAUAUUUAUGA